UAUAAAAUAAAUACUUUUUAACUGUACUGUAUUUACUAUAUAAAAUUGAUAACACUUCUUGUUUUGUCAAGUGUAGUAGUACAUAAAACUGCUUCUCGACUCGACACCCAGAAUCAGUUAAAAGUUCACACUGCUUUAAGAUAAGUCGCAAAGCAAAGUUUAAAGAUGCGCUAUUUUAUUUUGCUAGUCUGUCUAGCUUUCGCGACUCGAAUAACAUUUGGGAAAAGAUUAUUUUCAAAUGGAUUUAUAGGUGCUCCUAGUAAAUUUACACUCGCCAGUCAAUCACAAGAGCCACAAUUGAAAUGGUUUCAACAAAUCCUUGAUCAUUCAAACCCAACAAAGUAUCCUAAAUGGAAACAGAGAUACUAUGUGUCCAAUGAACACUACAAAACUGGGGGACCAAUAUUUUUAAUGAUUGGUGGCGAGGGAAAAGAAACCCCCAAAUGGAUGACGAGUGGAGCUUGGAUUCACUAUGCUGCCAAAUUUAAUGCUCUGUGUUUUUCAUUGGAACAUCGAUUCUAUGGAGCAAGUCAGCCAACUAAAAACUUAUCAACAGAAAAUCUUCAAUAUCUUACAUCUGAACAGGCUCUAGCUGAUUUAGCUAAUUUUGUACGUGAAAUGAAAGUUAAAUACGAUUUGAAAGAUUCCCAAAAAUGGAUUGCUUUCGGUGGAUCUUAUCCUGGAUCGCUGGCUGCAUGGGUACGUGAAAAGUAUCCGGAACUAAUUCAUGGAUCGAUUAGUUCUAGUGGACCUUUAUUGGCUGAGGUUGAUUUUAAAGAAUAUUUUGAAGUGGUUCAGAAUUCGUUGGCAUCUUAUUCGGAUGCUUGUGUUAUAGCAGUACGAAGGUCAUUUGCCCAAUUGGAGAUUCUGUUGAGACACAUGAUUGGACAAAGAGAAAUUAAUGAGAAAUUCCAACUAUGCGAUCCAAUUGAAAAAUCCAUAGAAAAUAAAUUAGACAUUUCCAAUCUUUUUGAAAACAUUGCUGGAAACUUUGCUGGUGUUGUUCAAUACAACAAAGAUAAUUCUCCACACGCUGGCAAAACAAUAGACGAUGUCUGCGAUGUAAUGGUAAACGAAACUUUAGGCACUCCCGUGCAAAGGCUAGCAGAAGUCAAUCGAAUGCUAUUGAAGGACAGUGGCGAAAAAUGUUUGGAUUACAAGUAUGAUAAAAUGAUUGUCGAAAUGCAAAAUACUACUUGGGAUGAAGAUAAAGCUAUGCGUCAAUGGACAUAUCAAACCUGUAACGAGUUUGGAUUUUAUCAAACAUCCACCCAAAAAGAUAGUCUCUUUACUGAUCGUUUCCCUGUGGACUUUUUCAUCAGACAAUGCAUGGAUAUUUUUUCGGAAAAAAUGGAUUCUCAGUAUCUAAAAGCUGUUGUUGGAAGAACAAAUACAUUUUACGGAGCAUUGAAUCCAAACACAACAAAUGUUCUCUAUGUACAUGGAUCAAUUGACCCAUGGCAUGCACUUGGAUUGAUUACAUCUUCUAACCCAAAUACUCCAACGUUAUACAUAGAAGGAACUGCCCACUGUGCGAAUAUGUAUGAGCCUAGCGCAAAUGAUCUACCAUCAUUGGUGGCAGCCCGCAAAAAGAUUCAAAAUUAUAUUGAAAACAUUCUGAGUUCUUAAGUCAGGGCAACUAGUUCCUGGAAGAGAAAUUUAAUACUUGUGAACAUCACAGCUUUUAAAUUUGAAUAAAUAAAAACAUUUAUUUUUUUUAGUAAAUUUAGUAAAUACAACAAAUUUUUUUAUUUU